CAAGCCAAGUCUUCUAUCAAACUUCAUAACUAUCAUUUGCUCCAACUUCCUAAGUCUUUACCUCUCACUCACACAUCAAAAUUCAUAAUAAUCUUCGUUGCAACCCACAUCCAAUCAUAUACAUAUAUUAGGUUAUAUACUUUCAUUGUAUCUCUCUUGUCCUCUUUAAAUCCCACUUUAACAACAUUUUGUGUACUGCAUCAUCUUUUUAUUUUUAUUUUUAUUUUUUUAUUAUCUAGAGGCAUUUUUUGGGAUCGAUAUGGAUCGCAUAGCAAAGUUGGCACAACAAAAGGCGGUUGUGAUCUUUAGCAACAGCUCGUGUUGCAUGUCCCAUGCCAUCAAGAGGUUGUUCUAUGAACAAGGGGCAAGCCCGAUGAUUCAUGAGCUUGAUGAGGACACAAAAGGGGGAGAGAUGGAGCGGGCUCUGACGAGGCUUGGGUGCAACCCUGCAGUUCCGGCAGUGUUCAUAGGGGGGAAAUUUGUGGGUUCUUCUAGCACCGUCAUGACCCUCCAUCUCAAUGGCUCCCUUAAGAAGAUGCUUUUAGAUGCCGGAGCUAUAUGGUUUUAGUAAUGAAAAUUGAGCAUGAGAUCUUUUGUCUCAAACACUUGAUUUUCCCCUACUACUACUUCUUAGUGCUAAGCGGCUUUAAUGUGUACCUUGUAUGGAAAUUAAUGAUAUAUCGAGUUUACCAUGGUUAUAUGGUUAUAAUAAAAUGCAAUAUUGUUAUAUUA